GCCGUGCCCCUUCGACAUCUUUCAGGAAAUGAAUAUAGAGAAAUAAGAAAAGCAGGAACUCGAAGCACUUGAAGGCGGACGAAACAGUUGCUGAAGGGGGAAGUUUGGCUUGAAUGUUACGGACGCCGGCGCGAGUACGAGAAGAUGCUUAUUAAAGAAUACCGAGUUGUUCUUCCCAUUUCUGUUGAAGAGUACCAAGUGGCCCAGCUCUACUCGGUGGCUGAGGCCAGUAAGAAUGAGACGGGAGGAGGAGAAGGAGUGGAGGUACUGAAGAAUGAGCCUUAUGAGAAGGAUGGAGAGAAGGGGCAAUACACCCAUAAGAUCUACCAUUUGCAGAGUAAAGUACCAGGCUUUGUGCGGAUGCUGGCUCCGGCUUCGGCUCUGAAGGUCCACGAGAAGGCCUGGAAUGCUUACCCAUACUGUCGCACAAUUCUCACAAACGAGUACAUGAAGGAUAACUUUAUGAUCAUGAUUGAGACGUGGCACAAGCCUGACUACGGUGACCAAGAAAAUGUACAUAAACUUGAUGCAGAAGCAUGGAAGAAGACCGAGGUCGUUUACAUUGAUAUUGCUGACAGGAGUCAGGUAGAUGACAAGGACUACAAACCUGAGGAGGAUCCAGCCACUUUCAAGUCAACGAAGACUGGAAGAGGACCUCUAGGACCUCAGUGGCGAAAAGAACUUCCUCAGAAGACUGACUGCCCUCACAUGUGUGCCUAUAAACUUGUCACUGUCAAGUUUAAGUGGUUUGGUUUGCAAAACAAAGUGGAAGGCUUCAUCCACAAGCAAGAGAAGCGCUUGUUUACCAACUUCCACAGGCAGCUUUUCUGCUGGAUAGACAGGUGGAUUGACUUGACAAUGGACGACAUUCGACGGAUGGAAGCGGAGACACAAAAGGAACUUGAUAAGAUGCGAGAAAAGGACCCAGUAAAAGGGAUGUCUGCCUCAGAUGAGUAAAGGCCCUGCAGCUGGGACUCUAUAUUGCCCAGUGAGCAGCAGUAUUGUUUGUGUCCCAGGCAGUGCUCAAGAGGAAGUCUUUCCUCUUGAUCCACUUCAAUAAGGUGCCUCCUUCAAGUCCUUCUCCCACAACCACAGAACUCCUACACACUAUAAACCCUCCUAAAGCUGGUUUCUACACUAAACAAUAAUAUAUAUAAUUCUAAUAUUACUGAUUAUUCCCUUUUAUUUUUAAUGUUUACUGCUUUUAUUUUAAAAUUGUAUUCAUCACCACAGGCGUUUCCCCUGCACGAUUUUAUUGAGCUAACUGACAACUAGAUUUUUUAUUUUUUUUUUGGUUUUAUUUUUUGUAUAAGCACUGACCCCACCACUGUAACACUUCUCAUACACUCAUUCUUGUUAGUUUGAUUUGCUUUAUUCACUUCUUUCAGCUACAUUCACCCCACUGUUGUCUGCUCCUAAUGCUGCCUUAGGGCGCUGUGUGGGUGUUUGUUUCAAGCUAGCAUUUUCUCCUAAUCAUGUGACCCACCACUUUUAACACAUGAGAAAAUACUCCUUGUAAGCAGUAUGGUGUAAUUGUGUUUACAUAACCUCAGCCUGAUUGAAUAUGCAUCACGUGUUUAAGGGAAUGAGGUUUUUUUUUUUUUUUAAGCGCCAAUGUGACUUGGUCUUCACUGUAAUGGUCACAUCAGUGCUGUACUCCUUUUCAAUUUGGUCUGAAAGUUUGGAGUUGUCUACUUUGCCUCUAUUUUAAACCGGGGCACUGAAGUUAGUUUAUUUAUUCACUGGGUAUUUUUACAGUUUGUCAAAUCUUCUGGGAUUAUGCAACACUGUGUAGGGCUGACAUUUUUCUACUCUUCUGGAAAUUCUAUCAUUUGAAACGGAUCAAUAAAAUGACAGACUUAUA